AGGGAGAAGAACAAAAACCCCAAUUCUCAGAAAGAGUCCGGGAUCCUAAGAACAUAACUGGGAAGCUCCUAGGAAGCUAUAAUGUGGCAAUUUCCAGGGGGUGAGGAACAAGUGGUAGCAACUUAGAGAUCUUACCUUUAAUGCCAAAGAAUAUGGAUCUCCAAAACUUUCCGAGAGGUCGAGAGUUGGAGGUCCAUUUCCUAUGAUUUUUCUCCAUCCAAAUUUGGUUGAUAGAAACACAAAAAGCAAGCUUGGCCGCCAGGUCACAAAUAGUCUUCCCUUGGAAUGUCAUAUCCAUCCAUAUUCAUAGAUAGCAUAGAAGAGAUGCUCAAUACCUUUCAGCUCAGACCUGCAUAGAUAGCAAACUGGGGAGAUAGGGAUCCUUCUUUGGAUGAGGAAAGCUUGCGUAGGUAGGCAUUUCAAGAAAACUCUCCAAGCCGUGAAGCUUUGCCUAGGAAUAUGAUGCUUGAACCAAAUGAGCCUAUGCCAAGGGGACAGAUUCCCAUGCGAUCUGAUUAGAUCCCAAAUAACUUAGCAUUGAAGAGCCCAUUCGAGGAGUGCAUCCAAAGAAUUGUAUCAUUUCGUGAUUAACCGACAGUAGGGGGAGUAGGCAGGCUAUUCCAAAUUUCGGCUAUAUGGAUAGAGGAAGGGGGUGGAGGAGACCAAGAUCCUGAGGAUAAGAUAUCUACGACCAUAGCUUGCCUAGGGAGCCCAGAACUAGAGAUGCUUCGAGCAUUGAGGACAUUAGAGAGGAUUCCCAUAGGAUGCCAAGGUCAAGCCAAAGAAAGGUGGAGAUACGAGAGGAAAUAGAUCUAGCAGCAAUGGUUCUGAGGGAGAAGAUCUACGCCACACCUAGGAGGAAUCAGAUGGAAUAUUCAUUGACAAAAGGAGUCCUGCUUAAUCAGAUAAGAAUAAACUCAAUCCACCCAAAUGCUUUUCUUCUUGGAAGCCACUUUCCAGAUAAAAAUGCCCGCACAGUUGACAUCCUUGAUACAUCUGAGGCCCAGACCCCAUUCUUUUUUGGGAAGGCAACCCGCAGCCCAACUAAGAGGACGGAGGAAUCUAUAUGAUUCGCAUCCUUUUCAGAGGAAGGCAGCAAAGAUGGAUUCCAAGUUUAUAAUGGACUUGGGCAACCCAUAGGGUCCGGACCAGUAGAUGUAGGAAGCUUAUAGAACAGCUCUAAUGAGCACUAAUCGCCCCGCAAAAGAUAAGAGCUUUCCUUUCCAUAAUUGAAGUCGCUUUCUGAUAAGAUCCAACAUAAGAGUGCAAUGAUGAGGAGUAAGCCUCUUAGAAAUUAGAGGCAGCCCCAGGUACUUGACUGGAAGAGAUCCCAACACAAAACCAGUCUUCUCGAGAAGAGAGGACUUCACAUCGUCGAAAAUCCUAGACAGUAAAAUGGGAGAUUUCCUCGGAUUAAUAUGGAGACCAAACAUCCUAGCAAAGAGAUCCAGACUAUGCAUAAUAGCAUCUAAGGAGGAACCAUCUACUUUUGAGAAAAUCAUCAAAUCGUCAACAAAAGGAAGGUGGGUUUGCUUGAUGGCCUUGCACUUGGGAAUGGGGGAGAUGAGAUUCUGGUAUGUAGUAGAUUGCAAACUUCUAGAAAGGACUUCCAUAUCAAGGCAGAAAAUAUACGAAGAUAUAGGAUAUCCCUGUCUAAUUCCUGCAGAAGAGGAGAAGUAACCAGCUGGAUUUUCAUUAACCAAAACAGAGAACCGGGGAAAAGCAAUGCGAUGAAAGAUCCAAUUUGUAACCCAUCUGGUUGAGGACCGAAAUAAUGAAGUCCCAUCUCAAAGAAUCAAAUGACUUAGAGCAGCCGGAGAAUGACCUUUUCUAUCAAACCCUCUAACAACCUCAUGGCAAAAAAGAAUGUUCUCUCCAAUGCUUCUUGCAGGGAUGAAAGCUGAUUGGUUCUCACUCACAAGGGAAUCAACCACAGUCUUGAUGCGGAUGGCAAGAAUCUUGUCAAUGAACUUGUACAAGAGAUUGCAAAGGGAUAUCGGCCUAAAAUCAUUCAUAUAGUCAACUCCCUCUUUCUUGGGGAUGAGGCAGAGAAAAGUGUGUUGAUACCCUAGAUCUGGCUCGGGAUGAAGAAAAAGCUCUUGACAGCUUUAAUCAAAUGCUCUCUAAUAAUGUCCCAAGCUGAGUUGAAAAAGCCCAUACUGAAUCCAUUUUGUGAAUAGGUUAGAAAUGUCUAAAAUAUGAUGUACACAAAAAAUCAGGGAAAAAAAAAAAACACAUUUUAGUGGUCAAAACCAAAGUUUCCACCAAACCGGGGAAAUUUCCCUAGUUUUGACCAAAAUUUCGGUCUCCCCAAGGGUGGAAACCUGAUAUUUUGAGCCUUGCUCAGAUGUUGAGCACGCAGAGUUCAUCAUAUGUCAUUGAAGCUCUUUGAAGAAAAAGAUCCUUGUCUUGAGGAUACAUUCCAAACAUCCAUGAGCUCCCAGAAUAUGUGUAUGGGCUGAAGUUGGAUGUGCAUCGCAUCAAGAUCAUCCCUAGAAUUACCAAUUAAAGGGAGCGGAUGCAGUUCAAGGAGGUUACUGUUUAUGGAACACUGUUCAUAUGUUACUUGUUCAUGUGAUUAGUGGUGUGGGCCCAUAUGGAGGAGGUUUGAUGAGGAUAUUAGUUGCUAUUUCUUUAGUUUAGUUUUUACUUUUAUAGUUUCUAUUUUCGUGCAAAUUUUAGUUAUUAGUUACUUGCUAAUUUGAUUUAAUAGCUAGGACUUUAUAUUACUUGCUGUACAAGUCCCAAUAUUUUUUUGCUUUCCUGUUUUGCCUUAUUUCAUUUCUUGUAAUAGUAACUAUCACUGUAUAAGUAAUGGACCACUGAGAGUCUUCCCCACGAUUUAAUGACCUUAGUUUCUGGUUUUUACCAAUGGCUGUGUGAAACAGUAUAGGAGAGAGUCUUAUGUGAGGUGAGAGACCUUAAGGUGAGAGGCCUAGCUGCGAGUGAGGUACUCAAUCCAUUAUCCUAUCUUCUUCUUUUUCUUUCUAUUGAUUUCUCUUUGUUUCUAAUUUUCUUUUCCUUGAUUUACUAAACAUCUAAGAGAGCUUUGAAGCCUUGUUGUUGCUGCUGGACUUACUAUUAUAUCAUAGAAGAUUGUUCUGUUGCUGUUACUUCAAGUGCUGGCUGGAGAACAAGAACACCCCUGUUGCAUCAGUUAUUGGGAGUUCCACUGCUAUUAUCUUCAAGUCCAGGAAAGUGAAGAUCCCUUCGUCAGUUGCUGCCUAACUUUUAAUGCUGUAAAUCUGUAAUACUCAUCCAUAAGCCUCCCUUUGACAGUAAUCCCAGAUUGAUGGCUGGUUUGAUAGUUGCUGUGAAUUGCUACUUUAUGAUGCCCUGCGAUAGUCCAGAACCUGAUGCUGAUUCGGUUCUCUUGGUUGGGUCUCUUUCUACAAUUUGUAAUGCUGUUCUCGCAGCUCGAAUCAUGAAUGCUACACUAGUGCUGCCUGAGUUGGAUGCAAACUCCUUCUGGCAUGAUGACAGUGGUUUCCAUGGUAUCUAUGAUGUUGAGCAUUUCAUCAGAGCGCUUAGAUUUGAUGUACGGGUUGUGGAAAGUCUUCCUGAAAUUCAUAAAAAUGGGAAGACUAAGAAGAUGAAAGCUUAUCAGCUUCGUCCCCCAAGAGAUGCUCCCAUUAGUUGGUAUACAAAAGAUGCUCUGGAGAAGAUGAGGGAACAUGGUGCUAUUUAUCUGACUCCCUUUUCACAUCGUUUGGCUGAAGAGAUUGACAACCCAGAAUACCAGCGGUUGAGAUGUAGAGUGAAUUAUCAUGCCCUUCGGUUUAAGCCAAAAAUAAUGAAAUUAAGCAACGAAAUAGUCAAUAAGCUUCGGGCACAAGGCCAUUUCAUGGCAAUACAUCUUCGGUUUGAGAUGGAUAUGCUUGCAUUUGCUGGGUGCUUUGAUAUAUUUACGCCUGAAGAACAGAAAAUAUUGAAGAAGUACCGGAAGGAAAAUUUUGCAGAAAAAAGACUUGUUUAUAGUGAAAGAAGAGCUAUUGGAAAAUGCCCAUUAACUCCGGAAGAGGUUGGUCUGAUCUUGCGUGCUAUGGAAUUUGAAAAUUCCACCCGCAUAUACCUUGCAGCAGGUGAGCUCUUUGGGGGAGAACGUUUCAUGAAGCCUUUCAGGGCCCUAUUUCCUCGCCUUGAGAACCACAGCACAGUAGGUCCUGUAGAAAUGACGGCAGAGAACACCCGGGGUCUGCUGGGCUCUGCUGUGGAUUACAUGGUUUGUCUUCUCUCUGACAUUUUCAUGCCCACAUAUGAUGGCCCUAGCAACUUUGCCAACAAUCUCAUGGGUCACCGGCUCUACUAUGGGUUCCGGACCACAAUCCAACCUGACAGGAAAGCUCUUGCCCCAGUCUUUAUUGAUCGAGAAAAUGGCAAGAUUGCUGGUUCUGAAGACGCUGUUCGGCGUGUGAUGUUGAAAUCCACAUUUGGGGGCCCACACAAACGUGUCCGACCUGAGUCUUUCUACACGAAUUCAUGGCCCGAGUGUUUCUGCCAAACAUCACCACAGAAUCCUUCUGAUAAGUGCCCACCUGAUAAUGUCUUGGAAGUUCUUGAUAACCAGUUGCGAAGUGAAGGUACUGAUGAUGCAGAACCAUUGAAUACAUCAAUUUUGACAGAUUCUAUGGCUGUAAAAUAAGUUGGCGAUUAGCAGUAUUCCUCAUUCUUUUCCAUGGGGAGGCAAAUCUUUCCAGAACAAAUGUGAAUGGCAAUCUUUUCGGAUCAACUGCUGAAUUAGUUACUAGUUUCUCCCAUCAGUUUCAGCGUUGCAGGAAUCCUUUUAUCUGGGGAUCCUAUUGAGCAGAGGAGUUGAGCUGAUGUAGAAUUUUGAAAUCUGAAAAAGGCUGAUGCAUAAUUUACUUGAAUUCUGUAACGUAAGAGAAAGUCAACAGUGUACCCCAUUCUUUUAACAAAUAGGACGGAAAGAAAAACUUCAUACUUUGGAAAGUCUUUGUAUACACGGGUGGGCAUUAGUGUAAGAAAUGUUCUUGUGCUUGUCAUGAGACCUUUUGUUGUCUUGCA